UUAACUGCUCACAGACAUUAUGCGAAAUAAUCCGAACAUCCUUUCACUGAGUCUUAAGCCUCCCAUUUGCUAAGGGUGAAGAGCAUCUCAGAUCAGCAGCCAGCAUGGCUCACCUGAGGUAUGAAUAGCAUUUUCAAAAGUCAUGGGCACCUCAACAACAUGCCUCCAGCCCCAAUGUUACUACGUUCCACUGAACAUGAUACAGGAAUACAUGUACAGCAAGGAAAACAGAACAAGAUACCACUGCUCAUCUGGCAAACAGGGACUUGGAGGGGUGAAUAAAAGGUAGUAUCAUUGAACCAUUUUUAGAGAUGCCAGAUGUAAGGAUGAAUGAUGUUACUGCUCGUACCCCAGAGGAGAAUGCUGUUGCACCAGCUAAGCUGAGAACUUAGAUUUGCUACAAACCUGUGUAUGAGAACCAGUACAUGAGGAGCUUUGCUGAGCUGAGUUCUGAACCUGACCUGCUGCAGCUGUUCCUUGGGAAUAUGUGCUUGACUGGGGAGGAAAUUUUUUCUUUGCAUGGAAUACCGAACAACAGUCGUAUCUCAAAUUCAGACUUCUCUACAAUAUGUCCUGUUGUUUUGCAACAGCUAAUUUUUCAGCCAUGUGAUCAUCAGGAAAACUUUGUGGAUACAUCUAAACCACAUUCUUUACAAGUUUGGGGAUUUGGGUUCCUGGCUGUGACUAUCAUUAACUUGGCAUCACUCCUGGGAUUGAUUUUAACUCCUCUCUUAAAAAAGUCAUAUUUCCCCAAGAUUCUAACCUACUUUGUAGGCUUGGCCAUUGGUACUCUCUUUUCUAAUGCAAUUUUCCAGCUCAUUCCAGAGGCAUUUGGAUUUGACCCCAAAGUAGAUAACUAUAUUGAGAAAGCCGUUGCUGUGUUUGGUGGAUUUUAUAUUCUCUUCUUUGUGGAAAGGAUUCUGAAAGUGAUAUUGAAGAUAUAUAACCAGACUGGCCAUACCGACUUAGGAAAUGGUGAUCAGAAUCAAUGUCAGGAUAAGGCUAACCCACACAAACCACCACCAUCCAGCAAUGGGGUGACCUGUUAUGCAAACUCAGCCGUCAUAGAGAACAAUGGAAAUCUUGGUUUUGACAGCAUCAGUGUGGUCUCAGCACAGGAGGAAGCAACCCAAGGCAAUUUAUGUAAAUGUCUUGGUGGGCACCCAUUGUCAAAGAUUGGAACUAUUGCUUGGAUGGUAACACUGAGUGAUGCCUUACAUAAUUUCAUAGAUGGUUUGGCAAUUGGUGCUUCUUUCACUUUGUCUCUGUUUCAAGGGCUGAGUACCUCCAUAGCCAUCUUGUGUGAAGAGUUUCCUCAUGAGCUGGGGGAUUUUGUCAUCUUGCUUAGUGCAGGAAUGAGUACUCGGCAGGCUCUGUUUUUCAACUUUCUGUCUGCGUGUUCCUGUUACAUUGGGAUGGCUUUCGGUAUAUUAGUAGGCAACAACUUUACUUCUAACAUCAUCUUUGCAGUAGCUGGUGGAAUGUUCCUGUACAUCUCUCUGGCAGAUAUGUUCCCAGAGAUGAAUGAUAUGCUGAGAGAGAAAGUGACAGGAAGAAAGAUGGAUCUUACAUUCUUCCUUAUUCAGAAUGCUGGUUUACUAACGGGGUUUGCUGCUAUACUGUUGAUUACCUUGUACGCAGGAAAUAUUCAGCUGUGAUAAUGGAAGUGAAAAUGGAAUCGGUAUUGAAGGCAUCAAAUAAACUACGAAUGGAAGGAACUUGAAUUCCAUAAAGGGACAUUAAUUCAAUCUUCUUGGUUUUGAAACAUUGACAAGUCUUAUUUCCCCAUUCCAAAUGCAAGAAAUUCUUUUAGGACUUUCAAUUAAUCCAAAUACUAGGAGCUGUUGACCUUUAUACUCUGCUAAGGAACCGAUUCUCAUAUUUGUGUUUGUACUUAAAAUUAUCAGACAUACCUGAACUGUUAUGGAGAAAGGGUGUUACUUGGCCAGUAGAAGUAGGCAUUGCAUGCAAGUACGUGCAACUCAGACCAAGUGAAGGCUGAGGUCUUCAAGGAAGAUUCUCAUUUAAAAGAAAAUAAUGAAGUCUCAUAUCCUUUUUAAACUGUGAUGAAAGCAAGCAGUUUCAAAGCUGGUUAAUUUUCAUGACUUCUGUUGCAGGAUUUGCCUGUGUAAUAUUGCCUUCCCCCAUCAAAAAAAAAAUAAUCAAACUAUUUCAAAGUAGGUACUAAUGAAGCUAAGAUUUUUAAUUACUAAUUAACACUGGAAGGAAAGAUACCAGUUACUGCUUUUGAUCUGUUCUCUUUAUGCGUGCACUAGGGAAUUAUUGAUUUAUUUUGAGAACCACUUUUUUUAAUUAGAGGGAACCUGUGUUAAAAUUAUGACAAUUUAUCAACUCCAUAAUGUUUUAGAGACAUUGAGUAUUUUAAAAUUUUUCAAGUAUUUCAUGUUCUAUGAAAAUAAUCUUGUUUUAUAUACAAGUUCCACAGAUAUUCCUCUUAAAAAAUCAGUACUUUGGGUUAAAAUUUUGAAAAGAUGUAUUUGUACAAAGUGGAACUUAGAGGAAAACUGCUAAAAUCAACAUUCCAGGAAGCUUUUUUUUUUUUUUUUUUUUUUUUUUAAUUUCAAUAGUUUUCUUGUGUGCAGUUGGGUGAAAGUGUUACUAAAAUAUACAAACUUUUAUUGCAAUCUGUUGCAUAUGAACUUUCUGAAGUCAUACUUAUAUGUUUGAAUUCUUCUGAAAUAAACAAUUUAGCUACUCUGCUGUUGUAAGAUGUGUGCAAGGAAAUUCAUGCAAAUAUAUCCUAUUUCAGUCACUGCUAAGUUUUGAAAGAAGUAUUACUAUUCUGUAGUCAAUUACUUUCAUUUGCGUUGUUUUUUAUGGAAGCUUUACAACUUCAAGGAAAAUGCAGUUUCUUAACGUAUUUCUUGCCAGUCAAAAGGGACAAAUCCUUUAUUUUUUAUUUCACUAUUAAAAUAUAUUUUCUAUAAGGUAAAUGAUUUAAAUUUUUAUUUGAAUGUUAUCUAUAAUUAUGUUAGAAAAAAUAACUUUCUAAGUGCCUUGUUGAUUAAAAAAGGCCUUUUUUAAAGGCAAACUACACAGGAAUAUAAAUGAUACUUAAUUUAAAAUAUGUUAUCUUUAAUAUGUAAUUAUAGUAAUCUAUGUUAUUUGCUAUAUGGAAAAACAUUUAUUAGUCACCUUAUGCCCUUUGAGUUUCUGUGAAGAAGAGUCCACACACUCCAUAUUCUUUCCCUUAAUCCUUUCUUCUGUUGAUUCCUUGGAUAUAAGCUGCUUGUAAAUGAUAUUCAUGUGUCCCAAGAAUGUAUUGUAGUAACUACGAAUGCUCGGUAACUUUUAAAAGUUAUUUGAUUAUUCCUAGUUCAUCAGGUUAUUAUAAUAAUAUGUUGGCAUGGAACAUUUAAACCUUAAAUCCAAAUAUUUGCAAGGGAGACUUGAUUUUUAUCAUUGCCCUAAGAGAGGAAAAAUGAGACAAACAUAUCAUUGCACUAAACUACUUUUAGAUCAUAGAGCAGAUUAGAGAUGGAACAACCCCUGAUAUUCAGGCUAGUGUUUUAGUUACAAAUCAAAAUGAUGCUCCUGCUAGUGGAAUAUUUAGUAGGAAAAAAGCUUUUUGAUUUCUCUAUAACAUGGUUUGUCUGUAUGAACUUCAGUAGAAUGUUUGUCUAGUACGUAUAAAAUGAAUCAGUUCCAAUUCUAGGCCUGCCAGUGAUUUCCUCGAUUUUGCUGUUAUGUUCAGGGAGGAAGAAGCAUGAGCAAAUAUUCAAAACAUUGCUGUUUGGUGACAGAUAAGACUGCAGUAAGUUACUCCCUAAAAGUCUGGAAGUCAUUUGAGAGAGAGAUUUUGAUAUUCCUUUUAAUGUUUAUGUAAUAUGUAACACUGUUCAUCUUAUGUUCUGCCAUCUCUUCAGCCUUCUUUUCAGCAGUGGUGCAAAUUCAGUAUAUAGCAUACUUCAGAGGGCUCUCAUCUGCUUCCAUAUUUGUUGUUUCCAUAGAUCUAAUUAUGUGGCUAACAUAUACUUGGGAAACUAUUCUCUGUUAGCACUUCUUAGAUCAUUGUCAUAUUUUUUUUCUCUUUUUCAUGUUGUGGCUCAUGACUCAAGACACAAUUUAGUAAAUUUCACUAAAGUCAGAGAGGAAAAAAAAACAACAACAGCCCUAAAAAAUGGUCUAAGGAGGGAAUAGCAAUUGAUUUUGGAGCAAAAAAGUGUAUUAAGAGCAACAAUAUAGAUGAAGGAUAAACCCUAGAGCACCUCUGGUUGUUUGAAGAAAAUAAAUGCAGAAAAGUGAAAUGGUCUGUGGGAUAACCUGUCAAAAAUGUAAUACGCGAUUACUGUCUAUGGUUUCAGAAAAAAGGAAUUGAAAAA